AUGCGGCUUUUAAACACUUCCACGCUUCGCCUAUCCGAGUUCAUCGGGGACGUGCCAAGAUACGCAAUCUUGUCACACACAUGGGCUGAGGAUGAAGUGCUCUUUCGGGACUUGGAAAAGUACCCGUCGGCCACGGCUGGAUGGGCCAAGGUGCAAGCUGCGUGUAAGUUGGCGCGCAGUAAGGGUCAUGCGUGGAUCUGGAUCGACACCUGCUGCAUCGACAAGUCCAGCAGCGCCGAGCUCUCCGAGGCAAUCAACUCAAUGUACAAAUGGUACCAGGAAGCUGUCGUCUGCUUCGCCUACCUUGCUGAUGUGCCCUACUACGAACAUGGGACCGUGGCGCGCACGGCGGCGCUGGCGAAUAGCCGAUGGUUCACUCGAGGAUGGACACUGCAAGAACUUCUCGCGCCGGUGGAAGUCUACUUUUAUUCUUCUGACUGGAGACUCAUAUCUUCACGAAAGGAACUGAGAAGCGACAUUGAGGAGAUCACGGGCAUUGAAGCAGCGUACUUGUCGGGUCCGUGGAACACGAAUGUGAGCAACGCGAGCGUGGCUCAGCGCAUGUGCUGGGCGUCGACGAGAAAGACCACGCGAAUUGAGGACAUUGCCUACUGCCUACUGGGCAUAUUCAGAGUCAACAUGCCACUCAUCUACGGAGAGGGACUCAACGCCUUCAAAAGACUGCAAGAGGCCAUUCUGAGAGAGUAUGACGACCAGUCCAUUUUUGCUUGGGGUCACCUCCAAGAUAGCUUUGACAGCCUGCUCACCCCUCCCGGCACGCCUCUUCUGGCUGAUGGCCCCUGGUGGUUUGAAAAGGCUGGCGAUAUCGUGCCUUUCUGGACACCAAAUGUCGACGCAAGGUUACGGAUCGAACAUGACGGCGUCACAUUUACCACGCCGCUCUGGAAAGAGGCUGCAACGAGCUGGAUUUCUUCGUGGGACGCCAGCGUUCUUGCGCCGUUGCAAUGCCGAAGGAGGAGCGAUCCCCUCAACUGCAUUGCAAUACGUCUUUCUAUCGCCAACCAAGGUACCAAAAUGAGCCCUCAGUCAUCAGUCUUGACGUGCUUUCGACAGUCGGUGUCUCUCUACCCUAUCACGAGACGUGCCUGGUUAGAAAGGAAUCUCUGUCAAGCAUUCGUGAAUUACUCGGGAGUCUACAAGGAUCUCAUGGUGGAAACGAUAGCCGACAAGGGCUGCGUCGUUCGCACCCUUCCUCGGGGGUACACGGCAAUGGAAGUCUGCACCCAUUUAUGUGACCAUGUAAGAAGACCACACGACGGUUCCGAGACGAAGUCGAUAAUUCCCGUGCCGGGUGGCUUUAAGUUGGAAACUACCACGAGGAAUUACGGAUUAGCUCAUCCCGCCGUGGUCCGUCUAAAGGGACCGUCGCUGCCUGACCUCGCGCUGGUGCUGCAAUUCCAGUACCUGUCUGAGCCGAACCCCAACGGCGGCCCUGACGACGUCAUCUGGCCAGACUCGCCGGGCUGGAUGAUCAACCGCGUCGUGGUCGCCCCUGAGGCGUUAUCCACGAGGGAGAUUGCAAUUAUUGCUGGAGAAGAAUCAAAGGCGUGGACGGUGUCCGAGAUUCGCGGGCUGACGGGCUGGGGAAAGGCAAGCUCUGGAGUGCCGGCCGCAUACUCCAUUCUCAACCGUGGCAUUCUGGAGCUGUUUACUGGGUUCAGUUUGAGCCUCACUCAAGACGCCGCGUACGGACCGUAUCUCUUUCUGGUCGAUGUCGCGGAUCCAAAUGGUGAAAAUGUUUCCCUUGAAGCUACGCAUCGGGGGCAGUUCUGUCCCCUUAGAGGACAGGAAAUCAAAUGA